AUGAACAUCUCCAAACUGGUCGGAUUCCAUCGAUUUGCACUGCACAGUGCGAAACCGAGAUUUUUCUCGACAGCCGUCGAAGAAACCCAACAGGAAGAAAAUAAAUGGGCCUACAAUCAUGUGGAAGCCAAGAAAGGCCUGUUCAAACCGAAGCAUACGGUCGAGGAACAGAUUGCAUAUAUGAAAAGCAAGGGUAAGAUAACUGGACCUUAUUUUAGACGAAAUUUGAUUAUUUUCUGAUGUUUUUCGAUGAUUUUUGGAAUGGGUGUUGUGAAAAUAGAACUCUCAUUAUCUUUUUCGUAUUUUACAUGUUGUCUUUUUUGAUUUUUAUUUCGAAUUUUGCAUUUUUUUCGCUAUUUUUUGGAAAUUUCUGGGAUUUUUUUUGAUUUUUGGUUUUUUUUGGAUAUCAAUUAAUUUUAAAGAAUUUUAAAUGGUAUUUCUUGACCCUGUAGCACCAGAUAGAGCAAAAAAUAUUUUGAAUUUUUAAAAAUUUCAAAAAUUUUUUUUUUCAUUUUUGCCAUUUUUUCAAUUAAUUUUGUAUUUUUCAGUCUAUGAAAAUUCCUAUCAAGGCCUCCCAGUCCACAAAUGGUAUCGGCGAAAUCUGAAAGGCCAGGCUUACAUCCAACCCCCGCCUCGGAUGUUUUGUAUCGAAAAAACUGGGAAAUUCCGAUUAAAUCAUGCUUGUCCAGUCUGCCGAGACGAGUAUUUGUUCUUUGAUUAUCGUGUAAGUUGAUUUUUCGAUUGUUAAAAAAAUUUUUUUUGUUGUUUUUGACGAUUUUUUACCUAAAAUUACAUAUUUUUUCGAUUUUUGAUGAAGAAAUUUCAGAACCCCGCUUUGAUCGAGCAGUUCCUCGCUCCCGGCACGGAUCAGCCCAUGGAUUUGCUGAAAUCCGGCCUUUGCCGCGAUCAGUACAUCCAACUCAAGGCUCAGCUUUUGAAAGCCAGAGAACAUGGUAAGCAAAAAGAAAUUUGACGUUUGCACGGUGCGGGAACUUGAAUUUAUAGGGUGCACUGUGCAAGAAAAAAGGGUUUGUUUUUGCACUGUGCGAAAGACCAAAAGAGAGGUUUCACUGCACUGUGCAAGAGUUUUCUUACUUUUGUUGGAUUGCACUGUGCGAUAAGAAAGAAUUUUUCUUUUUUGCACUGUGCAAGACUAGCGACAAAAAAGCGAACUUUUGACUGCACUGUGCAAAACGAAAGAUGGAAGGAGGAGUUUUCAUUGCACUGUGCAAGGCUUUUCUUGUUGUUUGCUGGAUUGCACAGUGCGAAAAUAAAAAAGAGAAUUUAUGCACUGUGCAAUCACUCGCUUUUGUUUGUAAUGCACUGUGCGAUGAGAAGGAAUUUUUCUUUCUUUGCACAGUGCAACACGAGCGACAAGAAAGUGAAAGUUUGAUUGCACUGUGCGGAAUUUGAAAAAAAGUUUUUGUUUUGCACGGUGCAAUCAAAAAUAUGUAGUGCACUGUACAGAAACUUUUUGAUUUUUGGAUUGCACUGUGCGAAAAUAAGAAAAAAAGAAUUUUUGCACUGUGCAAAGCUAGCGACAAAAAAGCGAACUUUUGACUGCACUGUGCAAAACGAAAGACGAAAGGAGGAGUUUUCAUUGCACUGUGCAAGACUUUUUUUGCUUUUGUUCGAUUGCACAGUGCGAAAAUAAAAAAAGAUAAUUUUUGACUGUGCAAAGUCUUGUUUUUUUUUGAAAUGCACUGUGCGAUGAGAAAGAAUUUUUCUUUCUUUGCACAGUGAAACACGAACGACAAGAAAGCGAAAGUUUGAUUGCACUGUGCGGAAUUUCGAAAAAGUUUUUGUUUUGCACGGUGCAAUCAAAAAUAUGUAGUGCACUGUGCAGAAACUUUUUGAUUUUUGGACUGCACGGUGCGAUUAUUUUUGAAAGUUUGGAAUUGCACAGUGCGAAAAUAAAAAAAGAAGAAUUUUUGCACUGUGCAAAGCCUUUUUUGAUUGAACUGCACUGUGCGACAAGGAAGAAGUUUGAUUUUGCACAGUGCAACACGAGCAAAACGAAAGCGAACUUUUGAUUGCACUGUGCAACGAAAGAAUUUUUUGGUUGAGUGCACAGUGCGAAAAAAAUUUUAUUUUUGGACCGCACAGUGCGAUGAUUUUUAAAAGUUUGGAAUUGCACAGUGCGAAAAUAAAAAAAAUGGCGUUGAAUUUUGUAGAAAUAAGUGGUGAUUUUGAGAGCGAAUAAUGGUAAUUUAUUCGAAUUUUAGGUACCCUCGAGUUCGGUAUCGAAUUCCGCGCCUUCGAUUACAAACUGUGGUACGAGAAUUGGCAGGAACAACCGGAACUCGCCGCCUUCCACGAGCACGACGAAGAGAUCCCAUUGACCCGAAAAUCCACCAAAAUGGAACACAUCUUCCAGGACGAACAGAUCUUCUUCCCCAUUCACAACCGAGAACGCCACCGCGAUUGGGACGAGUGGUGGAAGCGACACGAUAAAUUCGCUAAAAAGGCCAAGUAG